AUGGACAGCCCAACAAAAGGUACCGGUGAACAAAGAGAUGAGAUUGAUACUGCUAGUCUUACCAAAAGUCAAGGAGCAGAACUUGAACACAUCGGCGAAGGAUUUUGCGCCACCAUCCACGACUUCGGCAGCACCGGUCAGGUAAUCAAACAGGCAAAGGAGUCACGAAAGUUCACGGAAUUACUCGUCGAUUAUGUUGCGCAUCAGAAGAUUUACGCCGCCGGCCUACACUUGGCGGUACAAGUUUGCAUUCCUCGUCCAGCGGAGUUCAUCAACUCCGAAAAGCUCGGCGAUUGGUAUAACGAAAACAGAGAAUCGAGCAAGCUGCCGGAUGACCGAUCUCUCGUCAGCAGAAACAUGGCGGUCCUCGUAUCUGAGCGAAUUCCGGCACUACCUCUAGAGAUUCGCAAAGCCAUCAUCGAAGUUUUCUGUCCCAAAGAGCAGAGAGUGGCUGCUCGUGUUAUCAGAAGAAACUACAACUGUCUUGCUCGACUGUACCUAGGCCGGCGUCGACAGAAUACCAGAGUCGAAGCGGGAUUCGAACUGCGCAACUUCGAAAUGACCUUGGAUAAGUUGGAGAUGCUCAACCUCGACCCACUUCAGUAUGUGGCACCCAUGGCAGAAGCCUUAGCAGUUAUGCAUUGGGAGACCAGACAUGAUGCAUUCGACGUCGAGUUUGUCCUCGCCUCCUCGCCGAGACCGACAACUCGAACCGCAGAGUGGGCAUCAAUUAAGACGACACGGGAACCUGUCGAUGGCUCCAAAUCCCAGCAGAAGGCAGUGAGGGGAUUCUGGGAUAAUGAUCCGUACUACCCCAGGCCAGCUAUGGAGGAGGACUCGCAGGACACUACCGAGGCGAAGCUGUGGCGCAAGUUCAAGCAGGUGUAUCUAGCGACCUCGUCUAAAAUUCUGAAAGACGAUACACUAGCCAGGGUCUUCGUCAAGGCAGUCGAGUUGGAAGGCAAGAAAAGAUUAGUAUGCCCUCCCGUGCUCCAGGGUCCGCCGAGGGCAUCGACAGCUAUAUCUAUACCACUACGAUCCGCCGGCACAAAGAAGCAGAGUUAUGUCGACUUCAAUGAUUAAUGGGCACCAAUGCGAAGGAAAAAAUCAUCACGCAAUUGUCCUAGUCGGGUCCCGGGCCUCGAAGGCAUAUUGGAGGUUCGAACAUUCAAGAUAUUCAGCUUUGGCU